AUAAAACGCACGGGUAGCAUCACCAAUAUGUUUUAAAUUUUUUGUUAAAAAUCGGCAUAACUUAAACAAAAAAUGUCGUUGUUUAUCGCGUAUUGUUUUUUUGUAAUUUCUAUUCUGUAUUUGAUUUCAACGGUAACAAAGCCGUCCAAAUGUCCUCCAGGUCCUUGCAGAUGGCCCAUUGUUGGCAAUACGUUUCUUAUGAAAAAACUAAGCGAAAAAUUAGGUGGCCAAUACAAAGCUUUGAUAAAGUUACACCAAGAUUACAAAUCAAACAUAAUAAGUCUGAAGUUGGGCAGUGAUGAAUACAUUGUAGUUUUUGGACGCAAACUAGUGCAACAAGUUUUCAUAAGAAAUGAAUUUCAAGGAAGACCGGAUGAUUUUUUUAUUAGGUUAAGAACUAUGGGUUCCAGAAAAGGUAUUACCAUGACUGAUGGUAAACUAUGGCAGGAACAAAGAAAUUUCACUGAAAGGCAACUGAAACAAUUAGGUUUUGGUAAACUGGUGACUGAAAAUCUUAUCAAAAAUAAACUCCACGAAUUGCUUAAUUCACUGGAUAACCAGCGAGAGAAUAUUUCUUUGAAUAAAGUAUUUUCGGCGUCAUUUUUGGAUGUCUUGUGGACGAUCACCGGUGGUAAACAGUUCUCCAAAGACGGCGAUAAACUCGAUGAACUAUUACAGUUAUUACGUGCGCGUUGCGGCGCCUUUGAUAUGGCCGGUGGAUUAUUGAACCAGUUUCCUUGGUUGAGAUUCGUUGCCCCGGAUUAUUGUGGUUAUACGGGGAUUCAGUCUUUGAACGUCAAAUUAUUUGAACUUUUUCAAGGAAUCAUUAGUGAACACAAAAAAACUAUUACCAAUGACAUGAGAGAUUUUAUAGACGUUUAUUUGCAUGAGAUGGAAUCUUCUAAUCCAGAUACUAGCACGUUUACAGAUGACCAAUUGAUCGCCAUUUGCUUGGAUUUCUUCCUUGCUGGUACCCUGACAACAAGCAACACAUUGGAUUUUGCAGUGCUAGCAACUAUAAAUAAUCCCAAAGUGCAACAAAAACUUCAUGAGGAAAUCGAUAAAGUUUUGAAGUGUAAUCAAAUACCAUCAAUUGAAGACAAAACAAAACUACCAUACGUUGAAGCACUGUUACAGGAAUCACAAAGAUUCCAACAUAUUGUACCCACUGCAGGACCUAGAAGGGUUUUAAAAAACACUACAUUGGACGGAUAUCACAUUUCCAAGAAUACGAUUGUUUUGAUGAGUUUGAGAUCGAUCCAUUAUGACAAAGCUAGAUGGAAUGAUCCUGAAGUAUUCAGACCUGAACGAUUUUUAACUGAAGAUGGGAAACUUAUUCAUGAUGAAGGGUUAUGUAUUUUUGGUUUGGGGAAAAGACGCUGUCCUGGCGAAGUGCUGGUGAAAAGUUUUUUGUUUUCAACUUUCACUGCACUUUUCAAUCGCUACAAAAUUACAUUCUCUGAUGAUCCAGGACCCACUUCUAUGCCAAAAGCUGGAAUUUUGUUGACACCUCAACCAUAUACCGUUAAUUUGGAAGUUCGCAAAGUUCAAUGAGUUACCUACCUAUACAGAAGUUCGUUCUUCAUCCAGCGUGCCGUAGGCAACGAUUACUUUUUGGAAUUCCAAUAGGUUUGAAAUUGAACAAAAUAUUUUAUCUACACAACUGCUGAAGGAAUCAUGAAAGUUCAAAUUUUCAAAUACCUAUAGUCAUAAAUUUUAGUUUUGAAGAAAAUACCGAAAGUUACUUCAACUUGAUAUACCUAUACCUAUGGGCUAUUUUGUUAUAGAACUUCUUUUAUUUGUACUUUAAUUACAUAAAAAUUCAUACCUAUCAACAA